AUGUUUGCCUUGAAGACAAGUUGGGCCGAGGAGGUUGCAGGAGGGGCUGCUUCAGUUGAGUUGGAAGGAGAAAAGGUCCCUGGGUUAGCCCAGGUCUUCAGGGGUGAUGAAAAGAAUGCUCAUUUGAAGAAGUUGGAGAACGCCUCUGAAAACUUGCAACUCUUUAAGGCAGAUUUGCUUGACUACAAUGCUGUAGCAUCAGCUAUUGCUGGAUGUGAAGGAGUAUUCCAUGUUGCUAGUCCUGUUCCUCCAAUCAAAGUGCCCAACCCAGAGGCAAGAUUCCCAAGCAGCUCUGUAGAAGUAAUUGCUCCAGCUGUAACAGGCACUCUAAAUGUGCUCAAGGCAUGCUGUGAGGCAAAAGUUAAACGAGUGGUUGUGGUGUCAUCGGUUGCUGCUGUCGCGAUGAUUCCAAAUUGGCCUAAGGACAAAGUCAAGGAUGAGAGUUGCUGGUCAGACAAGGAGUACUGCAGGACAACAGAGGUGAUCGACAUAAAACAUAUGUAUAAUGCUAUAUCAUCAGGAUCUUGA